GUCUAUAUUAAGUCCAUGUUAGGUACCUCCAAAUGCUGCUUCAUAUACAUUCAACGAUAUACUAAUGCUUCUCCAUGACCAACGAGUUAUAAGUUUUCAAACUUGCACCGUGCAGGCUGAAGUAGAAAGCUUAAAUAUGGAGGAGCACAGAUUGGAUGAACAAAUAAGAGAAAUGGAAGAGAAAUUGAGAGGCUUCAGUGAAGAUGAAAACAAUCAAAAGUGGCUUGUUGUGACUGAAGAAGACAUCAAGAGUUUACCUUGCUUUCAGAAUGAAACUUUGAUAGCACUCAAAGCUCCACAUGGCACCACUUUAGAAGUUCCAGAUCCUGAUGAGGCAAUUGAUUAUCCACAGAGGAGAUACAGAAUAGUUCUCUGGAGCACUAUGGAACCUAUAAAUGUGUACCUUGUCAAGUACUACUUUUCUGUAAGAAAGUGCAUUCAUUAUUAUCUUCAACUUUUUAUCAAGGUUUACCCUCGACCGUAAGUGAGAAAAUUGAUUGACUGACAUCUGUUAUGUUUUUAAUUUGUUUCUGAUUAUCUUUCCACCAAAGUAAUUUGGUCAAUUUGAAGAAAAAAUUGAGGAGAUGAAUGAGGUCGAGGUGCAACCAAGCAUCACUUUAGCUGCAUGUACACUUCAUAAAAUUUUGGAGCUAUUUAAUUAUUCUAGGAACCACACAUAAAGUUAUAAAUGCAUGCAUGAAGUGAAGACAUUAGCGGCAUCAAUUGUUCAUUUUCAUAACCAAGGAACUCCCACGUAAAUGCAUGCAUGCAUGAACCGAAGACAUUAACUGCACGAACCAUUUUAAUUUAUAUAUGUGAAAUUAUUACAUGAACCAAUGAU